GAAUGUUCCCGGCGGAGGUUGUGAGCGCGAGGCUCCCUGGAAGAGGAUGCGUAAAGAGGAGCUGGAGAAUCAGUACUCCCCCAGCAGAUGGGUCGUCCGACUGGGAGCAGAGGAGGCCUUGAGGACCUACUCACACAUAGGAAACGAGGCUACCAAGAGUGCCCGGGCCACGGGGAGGAGCCUACUCGAUGUCCACUAUGGAGAUGGCGAAGGGGAGAAAUUGGACAUCUACUUUCCUGCGGCAGUGUCUGAAGGUACCUGGGGGCUGGCGGUCCCCCACGGAUCUGCUUGGGAGCGUUACCUCGGCCCACAUACCCUUUGUUUUAUUCUACAGGCUUGCCUUUCCUUAUAUUUUUUCAUGGAGGAUUCUGGCAGAGUGGAAGUUCUGGAGGCCAGAAGUCUCAAAUCAAGUAAAGACACGUCAGCCUUCAUGGUCAGCCCACUGACAGCACAGGGAGUGGUCGUGGUGAUAGUGGCUUAUGACAUUGCCCCCAAAGGCACCCUGGACCAGAUGGUAGACCAGGUGACUCAGAGCAUUGUGUUUGUCCAGAGGCAGUAUCCAGGCAACCAGGGAAUUUACCUGUGCGGACACUCAGCUGGGGCUCACCUCGCUGCCAUGAUGCUCGUGGCCAACUGGACCAAGCAUGGAGUCACGCCCAACCUCAAAGGCUUGUUCCUGAUGAGUGGGAUCUACGACCUGGAGCCCAUCAUGCACACCUCUGAGAACGCCCCUCUCCUUACAACCCUGCAGGAUGCUCAGAGGAACAGCCCGCAGUGGCACCUGGAGAUGGCCACGACCCAGCCUGCAGGUCCAGCCUGCCGCAUCCUGGUGAUUGUGGGCCAACACGAUAGCCCCGAAUUCCACCGACAGUCCAGGGAGUUUUAUCAGACUCUGCGCCGAGGAGGGUGGAAAGCCUCCUUGGAAGAGCUCCAUGACGUGGAUCACUUUGAAAUCCUUUGGAACCUAACCCAGAAGGACUACGUGCUCACCCAGAUUAUUUUGAAAACAAUCUUCCAGGAGUCCUGAUGACACCUGGACCCCACUGCCGGCUUGCACCCUGACUUGUGAAGCUUCUCCCAAGAUCCUGAUUGCUUCCUCUUCCCGCCAGCCUCAGCUUUCCCUGUGCCCAGCAGCGCUUCUGUUUGUCCACCCACCCUGGCCAGUGUCCAUUCCUCUCACUGCUCUGAAGGCGAGUACAAAUCUCUGUGGCCUGCCCCUGACCUGGAUCGAGUGGGCUCCAGGGAAGUUCUGGCCCAGGUCCACGCCAUGUGUGAUAUCCAGUCUGGCCCCCAGU